GAGGGAGGGGGCGCGUUCACUUUCUGUCUCGGCGGUGUAACACAUCCACAGCUUCCACUCGGGACAAAUAACGCUCCAGUAAGGCAACUAAUUGUUGCUGUCCAGACCUGAGUCCCUGCGCACGCAGCUCCGCGAUCAUCUCUGCAGCAUCCCAGUUUUUUUUUUUUUUUACCUGGAGAUUCUUUUUUUUCCCCUGUCGUUCUUUCGCACUCGGCUGCGUUGAGAGGUUCCAAAAUCGGUCGGAGAGUGAGCUGCGUUUUCGGGGUGGAUACGGAAAGAAAAGUAGUUUUCUUCAGUUGGAGGGUUUUGGAGGGGGGUGGGGGGUUUGAAUGAGGCUGAUGAGGAUUCCGGAUCUCGCUGGUCAGACGCGGCGCUGUUCACCUGGAAUACCUGAGCAUCCAGUGACACGCAUCUGCGCCAACUUGGCGACACUGUUGCAUGUUCCCCCCCCGCGACGUGGAAAUGCCACUUUGAUCUGAGAGCCGACAGCAUCCUGCGAUCAAUGGACCGCGACCAGGCGCACAAGCCUCUGAUCACGAUGACAUUUGGCUGAAACAAGUGGCGGACCGGGACCAACACUUGAACCUUUUUUUUUUUUUUUUUUUUUUUUUUGCGCUAAGACGCUGCGCCAGGAUCCGAACCCUAUCGAACAAGACCGUCGGUUCUCGGGGAGAUGGCUGCGAUCGCCAGCUCCCUGAUCCGCCAAAAACGUCAGGCAAGGGAGUCGAACAGCGACCGGGUCUCGACUUCGAAACGUCGCCCCAGUCCCAGCAAAGACCCGCGAUCGCUUUGCGAGAGGCAUUUCUUAGGCGUCUUCAGCAAAGUCCGCUUCUGCAGUGGCAAGAAAAGACCGGUUAGAAGGAGACCAGACGCACCCUCGAAACCUCCACAGGUGUCCCGUAAGGGCUGCAGGCUAGAGCCGCAGCUGAAAGGCAUCGUGACACGACUGUUCAGCCAGCAGGGCUUCUACCUGCAGAUGCAGCCGGAUGGAACCAUUGACGGCAGCAAGGACGAGAACAGUGACAACACCCUGUUUAAUCUUAUUCCCGUGGGUUUGAGAGUGGUGGCCAUCCAGGGGGUCAAGAGUGGCUUCUACAUCGCCAUGAACGGCGAGGGCAUGCUCUACAGCUCGGAGAUGUUCACGCCAGAAUGCAAGUUUAAGGAGUCUGUCUUUGAAAACUACUACGUGAUCUACUCGUCCACUGUGUACCGACAGCAGGAGUCGGGCCGGGCCUGGUUCCUUGGACUCACCAAGGAGGGUCAAGUUAUGAAAGGCAACCGAGUCAAGAAAACUAAACCCUCAUCACACUUUGUACCCAGGCCCAUUGAAGUUUGUAUGUACAGGGAGCCGUCGCUGCAUGAGAUCGAGGACAAGCAUCGCUCCAGGAAGAGCUCAGGGACUCCCACCAUGAAUGGAGGGAAAGCUGUCAAUCAAGACUCCACAUAGCAGCAGCUGACGUGGCUUCCACCAGGGGGGCGUGGUCUCCUCCUGGCUCAGAGGGAGGGGCAGUCGGUAAACAAGCCGAAGAAAUGUCCCACCCGCCCCCUCAAAUAUGCACCGUGAUUCUCUCUGAAGAGGGGGUUGCAAAAGGAGCUACUGCUGUACAGCCUUGACGACGAACACAAACUGAACUCUUGCCUGUGAAAACUUUUAGAUGAAUUAAUAUAAAACAGAGAAAAUAUAUAUAUAUAUGUAUCAUUUUCAAUCAGGACUUGACCAACAUUUUAUGCAAAAAAAGAAAAAAAAAGCUGUGAUACAGAAAAGGUGGUCACACAAUAUCUAUAAUUUCCAAUUUAUGCUGUGAAAAACAAGCUUUAAGACAGAUUAGAAACACGCAUUUUAAAAAUGCACUUUGCACUCCCGCUCAUUUUAUUGAUGUCAACUCAGUCACAGUUUCUUUCCCGAUCUCAUCCCGGCGACUCCGUCCGGGAGCGAAGGAAGUGUCUUGGGCUCAUUGGAUUCCUUUCUCUCGCCUCUUUGACUGUCACACUUCCUGCCUUGGUGUGAGGGCUUUGACUGAAUGUAUUAGAUGGUGAUGGGAUGUCAUUUACUCAGGUGUGCACUGUAACGGAUGGGGCUGAUUCAAAUCCUCCAGCAGGAGCCCCUCCACCCCCCCCUCUCUUGUCCUGGCGGGAUGAUCUAAGCAAUACAUCAGAGGUCAGUCCAGUAUGUCUGUAAUAAUUGUAAUAACAAAUUGACCUCACGAAUCCCAGCCGGGUCUGUGAACAUGACUGGAAAUGGAACGUUGAUCACGGAGGUAAACGUACGUUGCGUGCCGGUGUAUAGGAUGUUUGCGCUGCUCUAUCGUGACCCCAUUGUUAAUGCCACAUUAUGUCGUAAUUUGACAGGAUUAGCAUUGUAGCUUCACGAGCAUUUUACAACCACAUUUUGUAAGGAAGCAACAGCCAACAUGGAUGGCUCAUUUUAAAAUGAGGCAAGGCGACUUUUGAUACUUGCGUGUCCUCCCUGCACUGCUGGCUCCCCCCUCAGUUCCAAGUGGAAUUCAUCAUCAUGUCAGACACGUAUGUUUCAAGGUGACCACCAGCAGAGACUUAAAACAAAUAAACAUUACUCUCCUGCAAUUGUUUGUUUAAAUGCUUAAAUGUAAACAUGUCGACUUUGGAUUGUCAAAUGGCGCCUGUGUGUAGAUGUAGAACUAUUUACAUGGGUCUUCGAGAUCUUAUUUUCGCGACGCAACCACUGUUACUUCCUCCUGUAGCUGUCUGUGUCAGACAGUUUUAGAAUUCCUGAUCUGUAAUAUCGAAAUCGCUGAUGGAAACUUAAAACUCGAUGAGAUUUUUUUUUUUUUUAAAUUCUGUUCAGUGCUUGCUGAACUAGCUUAGCAAUGCUAAGAGCUACUUGUACUAAACAAAUAGAAGGCCGGUAUGAGACAUGGCUGGCAUUUUAAAACUUCAUAUUUUAUCUAAGAUAAUCCCUUUGAAUAACGCUACAAAAACGCGUAUUGGCAAAGACCCUCGUAACGCGCUGGAUAACAUUAUGCUUUUUAAUGACAUCUGUCUGCUGUUGCAUUAUUGCAUAAUGUGGUGUUACAAUGAUAGCAUUUUUAGAUGACCGCCAGAUAAACUGCUGUGCACUGACAGACUGCUGCGGCUCACCAGUAACAGAAAUGAAGUGGGUACAACGUAGAGAUUUCCGAACAAUGAGGCAGGCUGUUUAAUAGAAAGGCCAGUUCAGCUCGACUGGACACGGAGGCAUCCUGACCAGUUUCUGGCCAUUUGUUUUCUUUGACGCGGUAAUACUCUCUGGCGGCUUGGUGAUCCAUGAAAUUAGCCAUUUGCUAUAUUGUGUGCCGGAGACGUUCAUAAAUCAACAUGCCAACUGGCGUGUAUAAACAAGGUGAAUUGACUCUGCUGCGCUCGCCGCGUUGCUCGCCGCCUCCAAUUAGUCUAACUCAGGAAGCCCCGCGAAUGUUCCGUUAAAAGGGCCGUAUAAAGUCCAGUUGCUCGACACCACCGCACAACGUCCCGGCUCCAGGUGUGUGUCCCAGAAGGUCGGCUUGGAAUCAAUAGUUUUUUUUUUCUUAAUGAGGAUGCACAACUUCGCUCAGAGGGGUCCAGAAGGUCGAAUAGCGCGGCUUCAGGGCAUUAGGUUACGGUCAGAGCAGGACGGGCGUGGAAUGCUAAACUGUUUGGUUUGUAAAGGCUGUAUAUUCAAGAGCACAUUCACUGAAAAUGAAGCAAAUAAUUCCUCCUCGGUCCAUAUUCUGCUGCUCCAAGUAGAUGAGUUCCACUUGACAGCAUCAUACUUGACACUGAAAGUGAACAGGCAAGACCAGCAUCUAUAAAUAUCUUUUUUUUUUAAGAACUUUAUAUUGGUGCAAGUGAGAUACAUGUGGGCUUAAAGCAAUGCAUGACAUUGGAUGUACUGUAUGUCAAUGUUUGACGGCACGACGCCGGGAAGGUGAGGUCAGCUGCACUUUGACAUGGAGCGAACGGAGAAGGAGAGCAAAGGCUUUUCGUUGUAUGUGAUAUUGAGUAUAUUCUUUUCAUGUUUGCAGAUGAUUUCACUGCAUCGAAACACACCCAUAUAUGCAUUAUGAAUUGUGAGAUUAAAUAAAAAAAGAAGAUAUGCAUUGAUUAUAAAACUCAGAAUGAAGUUAGUGAUUGUUUAAGAAUAAAGAUUAUGUUAUCAGAAUCU